CGAGUAUCAGUCAACGAGUGGAAAUUCUCAAUCUAUCGCAAUGGCCGCUAAGUUCGUCGUAGUUCUCGCCCUCGUGGCUGCAGCUCAAUGCUCCGUGGUGCCAGUAGCGCGAGUAGACGCCGACUACACCAGCUUCGCAUACGACGUGGCCGACCCCAACACUGGCGACUUCAAGAGCCAGGUGGAGACCCGCGUGGGCGGCAACGUGGCCGGCCAGUACUCGCUGCUCGACGCUGACGGCACCAAGCGUACUGUGGACUACACCGCUGACGAUGUCAAUGGAUUCAACGCUGUGUUCGUAGUUCUCGCCGCCCUAGUGGCCAUGGCUCACUGCUCCGUAGUGCCAGUGGCGCGAGUAGACGCCGACUACACCAGCUUCGCAUACGACGUGGCCGACCCCAACACCGGCGACUUCAAGAGUCAGGUGGAGACCCGCGUGGGCGGCAACGUGGCCGGCCAGUACUCGCUGCUUGACGCUGACGGCACCAAGCGUACCGUGGACUACACCGCUGACGAUGUCAACGGAUUCAACGCUGUAGUGCGCAAGGACCCCGCUGUAGUGGCUUCCGUGGUGGCUGCCCCCGCUGUGGCCGCGCCCGCUGUGAUCGCCGCCCGCACUGUGGCCGCUCCCGCUGUCUACGCCGCUCACGCUGCUCCCGCUGUCUACGCCGCCCACGCUGCUCCUGCUGUCUACGCCGCGCACGCCGCCGCCACCGUGUACGCCGCUCACUCCGCUCCCGUCUACGCCGCGCCCUCUUUCUACUCGUACGGUGCUCCCGCCCUGUACUCCGCUCCCCUCACUUACGCCGCUAAGUGGUAA